AUGCGCAUCGCAGUCCCCUCCAGCCUGGUCAGUGGUGUGUACACAUGUCUUGAGUUGCUGUUAGCCCUGCUCACUACUCAGCUCAUUACCUUUGCCAUUCGAGCAUGGAACGUCAAGCGCGUUUACGCUGACAACGCCAAGCUGCAUCUCACUUGCUCUAGGCUGGGUACGUUUUUCGGAUAUGGGCUGUCAUCCAAGAAGGUUUCCAUUGCUGCCGCUUUGGUCUUUACGUCUGUCGUUGGACUGGCCACAGUAGGGGGCUUCUCCAUUGUGGGACGCACAGGAAAGCAUUACGAGCCGUUUGUCGUCAGAAACCUCGUCACAAAAGCUGCUCCUGACGAAUAUGUCGACUAUUCGGAAAAUCACAUUUCGUAUGGCGAUAUACGCUUCUCCGGGACAAUAUUCCUUUUGUUUCAGCUUGUCGGAUGUCGAAGAUCUUCAUCCCCCGGGCCACCAGUCGUAUAUGAGUAUUUCAACGAUUUGCAUGAUAUCACAACACGACUCUUCCAACCAGAACAAGCAGAUCUGAAUCAAACUUGCAUCACGGCGAAAUCCGGUUAUCGGCAACGCAUUGCCUUGCAGGAAAGUGCAGUUGCUGUCCGAGACCGCGACGUAAUUGCAAAUUGCUCGUGGGACCGCUUUCCACCUAGCAUGAUACCCCUAGGCGAAUAUGCCAAAGUCCCAGUUCGUCAGCAAGAUGACUGCCCAUACCCAGUACAAGAAGCAUGGUGCCUGAGAACGGAGGGACUGUUCUGUGCCGGUCAGGUAACCUCCGGCUCUACACCUGCUGUAGUAAUUACUACCAGUGAGCGGACCGAGGGCGACGGCCAGCUACGUACCGACAUACUUCUUGUGGACGCGCCCCCUGCUGUCGAAAACUUGAAAUCUGUCACAGCAUUACUUGGCUUUCGAGCCGAUAUUACUGCAGCAACACUUUGGGGAAUGACGCUGCUGACAGUAAAGACCGAUGUGUCUGUGGACAGGUUCAUCAGUGAUCGCAAGGAAACAGAGGUCAAUGAAGUCCUUCUUGCUGCAACUCUCGGUCCUGCUCUUCUUAUCUUGGCAGUGACUGGAAUAGUCGCUUUUGUCGGAUGGAUAAAAUAUAUCGCUCUGCCAAAUCGAGGCGAUUGCAACCACUUCAAUUCCCUUUGGGAUUUGGUUUCUUUAGGCCUCGACGCAUCCGAUGUUGAUGGUGAGCGUGGUCGAACUAUUCGACAAAGACUGACUAUUGGAGUGCACGAAAAUGAACCUCAACUUAGCAUAAGAGAGGAAGCUGCCAGGACAGGUGAGGCCUGGAUUCCGCAGGAAGGUGGCCUCCAAGGCACCCCUUGA